UCGUCAGUGGGUGUUUGAUGUGUUCGAUGUAUUUCGUAUAAUCUUUUAAGACGCGUCGUAAAAUUAUUACGGUGAUUUCUCAUUGCAUUCAUUUGUGUAGUUGUUGAGCCAGAAAGUGGAAUAGAGGAAAAGAAAAAUGCAUCUGAUAAAAUCGAUUGUGACAUUCGCCAAGCAACAUCUGAGUGAAGUUUUAUUUUUGAUCAUGGGGUACAUCAUGCGGCGCUUUCUGCGGUCGGCCAUGAUCGUCUUCAGUUGGUUCGUUGUACCCUACAGUCGUUUUACCAACAUCAAAGUGAGCCGUAAAAAGCUGCCGCCAAUACGAAGUCAUCUGCUGGAAAUACCCGCUGUCGAUUUGGCCAAACUGAUUCGCACAGGAAAGAUUAAAAGCGAAGAGGUAGUCGAAGCGUAUAUCGAGCGGUGUAAGCAGGUGAAUCCGUUGAUCAAUGCCAUCGUACAGGAUCGCUUUGAGGAAGCGCUCGAAGAGGCACGCGAAACCGAUCGUAUUAUUGCGUCCGGCAUCAACACCAUCGAGGAAAUGGAGGAGAACACACCGCUGCUGGGCAUACCAGUGACGGUGAAGGAGAGCAUCGCCGUCAAAGGUUUGACCAAUCAGGCGGGUCGUGUCUUCAAGACGCCACAAAUUGCCAAAUCAGAUGCGCCCGUGGUGGAGCAAAUCAAGCGCUGUGGUGGCAUAGUGUUGCUGGUGUCCAACACACCCGAACUGUGCUUGCUCUGGGAGACUUACAAUAAUGUGACGGGCCAAACAAAGAAUCCCUACGAUCUGAAGCGCACACCUGGCGGCUCUUCGGGUGGAGAAGCCGCUCUAUUGGCCAGCGGUGCAUCGCUAUUGGGACUCACCUCCGACAUUGGCGGCUCGUCACGUCUGCCAGCCAUGUUUAGCGGCAUAUGGGGCCAUAAGCCCACACCCUACUCAGUGUCAUUCAAAGGACAUCAUCCAACCAGUGACUAUCCCAAGUGGGGUGACUUCUUUACCAUUGCACCGAUGACUCGCUAUGCGAAGGAUCUGCCAUUACUACUUAAAUGCAUGUUGGAUCCAACAGGUCCCAAGUUGACGCUCGAACGCGAGCUUUGCAUACAGAGCAUACGUUUCUUUUUCAUGGAUAAUGAUGGCCCGUCGGGCAUGAUGCGCCCGCUGAGUCGCGAUUUGCAUGCUGCCAUUAAUCGCGUGGCCACCGAUUUCAAUGCGAAGCGCGUGAAUAUACGAAAAAUGAAACUUUCGCUCGACAUUUCACUCUCCGCCAUGUUGACCAUGAAAAAUAUCGAGACUAUCUAUUAUAAGACAGAGGAAGGCGAACGCCCGAAAACAGUUUGCACAGAGACCGUCAAAUAUUUCUUCGGUUGUUCGGAUAGCAUCCUGCCGUCGGUGAUAUUCGGACAUUUGCAGAAUUUCAUGAAGAUUAUACCAAAUUCACGCCACAAGCACUUGGCCACCAUCAUUGAGGCGCUCAAGACUGAAUUCAAAGAGCUACUCGGCACCGAUGGCGUCUUCCUCUAUCCAACCUUCCCGAAUACGGCGCAUCGGCACUAUCAAAUUUAUCACAAACUAUUGGAGCCCAUGUAUAUGGCGAUAUUCAAUACGCUGGGACUGCCAGUCACCAACUGUAUGAUCGGUUUGGAUAGGCGAAAUCUACCAAUGGGCAUACAGGUGGUCGCGAAUCCAGGGCAAGAUCAUCUUUGUUUGGCGGUGGCGCGCGAAAUGGAACGACGCUACGGUGGUUGGGUGCGGCCGCCCUCAGAAGAGUCGACGAAGCGUGUGAAAAGUACAGAGAAAGAAAAGAAAACGUGAGCUUGAGCAUAUGAAUGGUGCAAAGUAAAGAAGUACCUACAGAGUGGCGAGGCUGCAAUGGGUCAGAAGCUUUGUAGCAAUGCAAAUGAAGAGCAGCCUAAAACUAUGAAUUACAGUAGGGGUAUUUAGUGAAUGCCUUAGCAAUGGUGCGGCAUUUUCCAAGUAUGCUCUUAGUUUAGCAUACUGUUAGGCGCCAAAUUUUUUUUUCGUUUUUUGUCUUAAGCUUUACAA